AUGGGAAAAAAAACGGAAAGAAAUGCAUCGCUCGCAGGGUCUCGCAGCGAUUUCCCGGACGCGAUGCAUGCGGCUACUGUGAGAGACGUUUUAUGAGUGAAUUUACGAAAAUUUUUCUAAUUUUUCAGCGAAAUUGCCACGUUUUCCCGCUAUUUUGAACCGAUUUUCACCGAAAAGCUCAACGUUUUGAACGAUAUGACGAGGCACUCGAAAAUAUCAACAAAAAAAAAAAGAAUUCAAGCGAAAUCGGUCGGAAUUAGCGGUAAACGGGGCAAUUUCGCAUCAGUUACCAUAACAGACAAAUAAAAACUGAAAUUCCGUUGAAAAUCGGUUGAAAAUAGCGGGAAAACGUGGCAAUUUCGCAGAAAAAUUAGAAAAUUUUUCGUAAAUCCACUCAUAAAACGUCUCUCCGCAUGCAUCGCGUCCCGGCAAAAACGCUGCGAGCGAUGCAUUUCUUUCCGUUUUUUUUUCAUUUUUUGACAUCGCUGAAUAGGGAAAAAAACGGAAAACAAUCAUUUUUAGCCUCAACAUCAAAACAAACGUUUUGCAGACAAUUUACAAGGACAAGGAACUGUCUCGAAUGCCCAGUUAUCGAUUCAUGUUCUUUCUGGGACUCUUCGAUAUUGCCCAAUGUUUUCCGCACUUUGUCACCGGCGUCUUCACAAUUCGACAGACGGUUUUUCAUCCGAUUUUUGCCAAGGUACGCUCUAUCCAUGCUGAUGCCAUGCUGACCCCAUGCUGUUAUUCACUUGCCGCUCGCGCGCCCCACCCUUGCCGAAAAUUACCUGACAGAGUUGAUCUGAUUUACAUCAAAAUUUUUCUCGAGUCACCGUCAAAUUUGCAGGCAAUGGGUGUGAUAGCGACUCCGUGCUACGUGGCAUACGCCGUUCUCACCAUCUUUCUAUCGUUCAACCGACUCGUCCAGUUGUCAUCGCCCGUUUUGGAUAAAUACUUCUUCGGCGGGCAGCGUUAUAUGGUACGUUUAGUUUUCACAACCACACGGUCUCCAGAGCUGUCAAUAUGGGCGCGUGGCCUUGGCGGCCAAAUGGCGUUUUCCUGAAUUGAGCACGUUUUCUCUGAUUUUUGUGGCCAACGACGAUGAAAAAUGAUUGCGCGACAUGAAAACACACUAAUUCUCAGAAUUAAUGACGUUUUGGCGCAUUUUUCGCGGAUUUCGCUUUUUCGCCUUCGCCGCCAAAAAACCGCACUUCUCAUCUUGCGCUUUCUUGACCGUUUUCCGACAGAAUUGGUUUUGAGAAUGAUAAAUCACGGAAUACAAGCAUUUUGAGUGCUCGAACCGCGAAAACUACCGAAAAGCAACUGAAAUUCCCGCAGUUUUAGCGAAAAACCUUCAAACGGAUAAAUGUGAUUUGCGACUUGACCAAAUUUAAUGCUCUUGCGCUUAAAAAAUUCGUAAUAGCCUAUACAAUCGGUCUAUCGUGAGACAAAUGAGAAAUUAUCGAUUUUUCGUGGCUAAUCUGGCAAAAAACACAAAUUUUGCCGUUAAAAUUUGAAUUUCGCGCCAAUGUAUCGCUCUAUUGGGCGGAGCGCACUUGCGCGCCCAUUGUCAGCUCUGGAAACUGUGGCACUUCUCAUUUUGCGCUUUCUUGACCGAUUUCCGACAGAACUGGUUUUGAGAACGAUAAAUCACGUAAAUACAAGCAUUUUGAGCGCUCGAACCGCGAAAACUACCGAAAAGCAACUGAAAUUCCCGCAGUUUUAGCGAAAAACCUUCAAACGGAUAAAUAUGAUUUGCGACCUGACCAAAUUUAACGCUCUUGCGCUUAAAAAAUUCGUAAUAGCCUAUACAAUCGGUGUAUCGAGAGACAAACGAGAAAUUAUCGAUUUUUCGUGGCUAAUCUGGCAAAAAACACAAAUUUUGCUGUUAAAAUUUGAAUUUCGCGCCAAUGUAUCGCUCUAUUGGGCGGGGCGCACUUGCGCGCUGGAGACCGUGCAACCAUCUGCUCGCCACAAACACAAAAUCGCCAGAUUUGGAUCGGAGCGGCGUCGUUCGUGUGGACGCUGUUCAUGAUCGCGCUCGCCUCGCCGUGGGCCACAAUUCGCUACAUUCCCGAGUGGUACUCGUGGGAUUACGACUACGAGCUCGAGUAUUCGCACUACGUGCAACGCGCCGAAAUGUUCAUCGAAAUCGGCGGAAUUUUCGUCUCCGCCUUCUUCUACCUCAUCAUCAUUUAUCGAUUGAUCAAGACCAAAAAACGCUUCAUGAUUUCCAAGAGCUACAACGCCGAGAUUAAGGUGUUGAUUCAGGCGACAGUGAUUACGGUGUACUGUACUGUGCUCAAUGUGCUCUGGCACAAUUAUCAGGUCAGUCUACGCACAUUUUCUCGUUUAAUAAUCGCCGCCAAUUUUCAGUGGAUGCUCCCGCUGAACCUCUGGAGUUACACGGCUCUCAAUUUCAUGUGGAUCUUCAAUAGUGGCGUCUAUCCGGUCAUCUAUUUCAUUGUGAACAAGUUGGAAUUUUCGGAAAACUGUUCGGACUCAUAAUAUAAUCAAUUUUUUUAGAGCCCUUCGCGAUCGAAUUGGAGUAAAACGAUCGACUGUGAUGGGCGCCGUCUCAAUGUUCCAUAAAUCGAAAGCCGAGCGAACUGGUACGCAUUCCAAUCAUACUAUGGUCGCAAUAGCUUAGUUAUCUUAUGUUAUUGACUGAUUUUGGUUAUUCUAGACCUUCGGUGAGUAGUUUUUAAGUUUUUUUUUCGUUAAAAUACACUGGUUUUAAAACGAAACACCUUUUUUUAGACACUCCCGGCUCUUCGAAGAAUCAACGGGUUAUCGCGGUUGCAUAA